UAGCAUGGUGUCUCCAUGGUGCGCAUUCAUGGAGAUAAUAUUCAAAUAUUUUUUCUACCUUGAAAAAAUACGAGUGAGUCAUUCUUUUACUCUGCUGAGCCAACCCAAGGACGUGAAGCUGACAGGAUAUUGAUCCGCAAGUAUUAGGAUGCCGAGCGGCUCAAGUCCAAGGUGAGACCAUCCAUCAGAGAGCCAGGCAUAGAUUAGUAGGUACACACUCCCACAUCCCUCUGCUGUGCCACUCCCUCUUUUGCUUCAUCACUCCUCCCAGCUUUGAUGGUUUACCUCUCUCUCUCUCUGUUCGCGUCUUUGCAAGGACACCUGUACACGCUCCAGCUGGCAGGCGGACUUUGGAUGUUUGGCAGAAAAUUAAAGUCAGCAGUACAUUUGAACCUCAGACCCACUGAAGUGCUUCAAACUGUGGACGCUGCGCUGUUGAUAAGCGCGAAGAAGAGAGAGUUGUAGUUGGGAGUGCAGGGAGCAGACAGACGAGCUUUGCGCGGACUUUUGCGUCUCCGUCUUUCAUUUAUUUGCAGCCCACACUGACUGAUGCUCAUAGAAAAGUGACAUGCAAUCGGGAGUGAAUGCGCUGAAGUCGUAGAUAAACUGCGGCUCGCACAGAUCCUGCAGGUUCAGCUUGGUGAUCCGAAAAGAACUGAGAGGGAGGGAAGCAUGAAAUCCACGAGUCAGGAUCAGAGUUUGUCAGACUCCAGAGAGCUGGACAGAUCUUACGACCCACUCACAGGUAAUCCUCCAUCCAAACCCAAUAAAAAGACCUUAAAGCAGCGCUUCCUCAAACUGCUGCCCUGCUGUCGUUCUGGCUCCAGCUCUUCAGUUGAUCAAAGGAGCAUAGUUGAAGAUGGUGAACUAUCGACAGUGUGUUACAGACCUGAGGGCCUUGACCGUCUUGUACAGCAGACCAAAUUCAGCAAAAAAGAGCUGCAGGUCCUCUACCGGGGAUUCAAAAAUGAGUGUCCGAGUGGUGUGGUGAAUGAGGAGACUUUUAAAAGCAUCUACUCCCAGUUCUUCCCUCAGGGAGAUUCAAGUAUGUAUGCGCAUUUCUUGUUUGAAGCCUUUGACACACAGAACAAUGGCUCGGUCAACUUUGAGGACUUUGUUAUAAGUCUGUCCAUCAUCCUGAGAGGCUCCAUCACUGAUAAACUCAACUGGGCCUUUAAUCUGUAUGAUAUCAACAAGGACGGCUGCAUCACCAGAGAGGAGAUGACAGAAAUAAUGCACUCCAUCUAUGACAUGAUGGGGAAGUAUACAUACCCCCACAUGAAAGAUAAUGCCCCGAAAGAGCAUGUUGACAGCUUCUUUCAGAAAAUGGACAAGAACAACGAUGGAGUGGUCACGAUGGAUGAGUUCCUUGAGACGUGUCAGAAGGUUAAUAACAAUAUCUGUUUCAAACAGCAGUGCAGCUACACAUCCACAGCUGCUGAAAAUACAGAAUUCUUUUUUCUUUUUCAGGAUGGGAACAUCAUGCAGUCCAUGCACAUGUUUGAUAAUGUGAUCUAAGCAUUGGUGGACAUAGACAGAAAACAGAUUUCCCACCUGUUUGGAGCUCUCGGCUCAAAUGCAGCUCAUCGCCAGCGUGGAUGAAUUUUCUGAGCUUCAACAGCGGUCCAAGGUUCAAGUAGCAGUGACCUAAAGAUACCGACCCCAAACACACAUUUUCUAAAAUACUUUUAAUGAAUAGACUGAGCAGAAUGAGUCAAGUGUUGAUGCAAAAUUACUUGACUUGUGGGAAAUGUGAGAUUUUAUUUUUUAUACUACACAUACGAAUGAAAGCGUUAAAGGUACGCCAUGUUGCAGUCAGACGAAAACAAGAAGUGCUAAUGAACAGUUUCCUCAAGAAAGCAGCAGAUAUGCACAAGCAGCUGCGAUUUUAAAAUUUGAUGACGUUCUUUCUAAAUUAUGACUAUUACAAUAUUUCUCUAUUGCAUGUGUUUACACACUAAAGUGAGACAGAGGCACCGGAUAUACAGACGUGGAACAAAUGGAAUAACUCUUAAAUGUUGUAAAGUAUCACACACUCUCUCUAAUCACUCUUGUCCUAUAACAGAGGAUAGCUUUAAGUUUGAAAUCAAAGCAAUAAUCUUACAUAUUAUCAGUUCUUAUCUGUUCUCUGUGUUCUUAUGGAGCUCACCACUCACAUUUAUUAUAAUUGUGCAUAUUGUGUGCAUGAUGUAUCUGUUUUCAUUGAAUAGUUUAAUGAAAGUGUUAAUAUAUUUUCUAUAUGGGCAUAGUAACGAUGGUGAGGAGGAAACUAAAAAUCACACAGUUGCUAUGCAAAAGCAAAAAUCAUUAAACUACUGAAAUAUGA